GUCCUAGCUGACGUAACGGCGAAGCGGCGAAGGUGCAAAAACUCAUGAUAGGACCAAGCCUCAGCCCUCAGCGAUUUGAGAAGUCGCCAUCGCCAACGCACAUGUUGCAUCCAACUAGCUAGCUUGCUUGAAAAAAGACAGACAGCAACAAAACCCAUAGUACUGUAAGAGCUAUCAUAGCAACAUCUUGGCGACCUUUCUUUGGCAGCCUGAAGACAGAUAGCUAGCUAGAGGAGACCAACUCAAAGCAACUUCUAAAGUCCCCCCUUUCGAUAGGAUAUCCAGAACAGGAGAUAAGGAAAGGGUAUCUACCUAUUUGAUCUUAAUAUUCCAUCAUGGCAGCGCUGUCUUCUACCGGCACCACAUUGGAAAUCACACUGAGCGUGGCGACGGUGGAUUCUUGCCUGGAUCUGAUUCAAGAAGCAGCGGCCCACCAACAUGUGAUGAAUGCCGUGGUGACUUUGGAAGGCGUCGAUAAUCGAGAUGGCAACGGAGCCUUUUUGGGAGACGAUCAAAUCUUGCGUUGCUUUUCGGCCAUGGCCACGCAUCUGACACCACAAUUGGAACACUUGCGCUUGGAAUGGAACAUGGUCGCUGCCAAUUUCUUUGAACUACCACCCGUCUUGUCCGUCCACGCAUUGGUAUUCAUCGUCCAACACUUUACAUCCGUCAAAAGUCUCUCGCUCUAUCGGGUCAAAUUGGCCGGCAAUCCGGCGUCCUACGACGAACUGACCGCUGCCGUUCGACAGAAUACCACCUUGAAUACCAUUCGCGUCGAAUUCUGUGCGCCGCUGGGCAGUCCCAAUUUAGAUGCCGUCGUCAAUUCGUGGAGUCAAUUGACCGAAUUACGAGAAUUGGAAGUCAUUGGAUUUCAGGGCGAUCCAGCACGAGGAUGUACGUCAACGUCACUCCGGAAUCUGGGACAACCACCGCACAUUCGGACCCUCAAACUUUGGGGGGGAAUCUUGCAAUCGGAAGAUCCACAAGCCAUUUCCAAUCUAGCGAGAGGAUUGGAGCAGACCAAAUCCAUUACCGACUUGGAAAUUGGUCUCUUUCAAUUGGAUCUCCCUUCCGCUCAAGCACUCGCCAAACUCUUGAAUACCAACACGUCGCUCGAUCGAAUUUGGUUGGAUGUCAACAAUUCACUCGAACCGAAACUCAUCGAACCAUUGAGUCAAGCCAUGAAACAAAACACAACCAUCAAAUCCUUUAAUCUCGUCAGCACCACCAAUCACGAGGUAUCCGACGAUGUCCUCGAACUGUUUGUGGAAAUGGCCAAAACCAAUUGCACCUUGCGACACUGUACCAUUCGGGGUUGUAGCACGUUUGUAUUGGGCGGUGGGGGUCCACAAGGACCACCUGUAGUGUCUCCGUCGCUGGCAGUACUGCGGGACGCAUUGAAAUUCUACCUCAAACUCAACCGCGUCGGACGGAAACAGUUGCUGGCCAACAGUCGAUCACGCCAUCGAUGGCUCAGUGCUUUGAUUUGUGAAGCCAAUCAGACCAGUGUCAUUUACUAUCUCUUGCAACGCAAUCCGAGCUUUAUCAGUCAGUGCGUCCGACUGGGUCCCACCAAACGCAAACAUGUGUUGGUGGCUACUGAUGCUGCCAGUAGUAUGGACGUACCGCAGAGAAAACGACCCAAGCGAUGUCGUCUCGUGACGCCGUGAGCAGCCGCUUGCUCUUCUACUACUGUUUCAGUUUGUCUUUGGCAGCGGUUAUAACUUAUUUGCUCAUUAUUGUGGUGCCGGCUACUGUAACAUUGUUUUGUGGUUACUGUAACUUUUAAACGUGUCUUGAGCUGAGGCUGUAUGUCAGCCAUCGCGAUUCCA